AUGAGAUACGCCAUUGCUGAACCGAGCGAGUACCUUGUGCUUACCGGAGCCGGUAUCGCAGACAUCGAAAUAUGCAAGAAGGCCUGGGUGAUGCCAUGGCAGCGGUGCGCGAGGAUCUCUGUUAUGCCCUUCGACUUCUCCCUCAGUCUCCAGGCUAUGACGAUCGAAAAGCUACAGUUCUCUCUGCCCGCAGUUUUUACCAUCGGUCCGGACGAUGAGCUGUCGGCCCUCAAGAAAUACGCACUAUUGCUAUCUGGAAACGCCGGAAGUGCGCCUGCCCCUCAGAAAACCGACGCAAAUCUGAAUACACCCGCGACUAGGAAUCACGUGCAGGAUAUUGUGAAAGGCAUUAUUGAGGGUGAAACCCGAGUGAUCGUUUCCUCCAUGACUAUGGAAGAGAUCUUCAAGGAGCGCCAGGUGUUCAAGUCAAAGGUUAUCAGCAAUGUGCAAAACGAACUUGCUCAGUUCGGACUGAAGAUUUACAAUGCCAACGUCAAAGAACUUCAGGAUACCAAAGGCAGCGAGUACUUUGCUUUCCUUAGUCGAAAGGCUCACGAGGGCGCUCUGAAUCAGGCCAAGAUUGAUGUGGCCGAGGCCCGCAUGAGGGGUGAGAUUGGAGAAGCCGAGAAGAAAGGACGAACAAAACAGGAAAUCUCCAAGAUCGAUGCAGACACCGCUGUCCUCGAGACGAAGCGCAAGGCUGAAAAGGCCAAGGCUGACUCCGAGCUCAUGAACCGCCAGACUGAGCUGGAUUCCCAAGUCCAGAUGGGCAAGAUCAUUGCCCAGCGCCAGACGGAAGUGAGAGAUGCGGAACUGCAGAAACAAGUCGAGACGAAGCGAGCUGAGACGGAGCUUGAGCGCCUUAGGGCCAAGGACGUUACCAAGAGUAAGGUCGCGAGAGAAUCCGCUCAGGAAACGGCAGAUGCCCAAUACUAUGCCAGCACAAAGGCAGCAGAGGGAAAACUAUACGAGCAGAAGAUGGAGGCUGAUGCGAGGUUUUACCGUGCAUCCAAAGACGCAGAUGCAGCAUUCAACACCAAGAAGCGCGAGGCCGAGGGGGUGCUCGAGAUGGCCAAGGCGUACGGUGCUUUGAUUGAUGUCCUCGGUGGCCCUGAAGCAUUCCUCCAGUGGAAGAUGAUUGAGACCGGCAUGUACGAGAGACUGGCUCUGGCCAACGGCAAAGCCAUCCAAGGCCUUCAACCAAAGAUCACUACGUGGAACACUGGCAGUGACGGCUCUGGUGGUUCUGGUGACGCGUUGGGUCCAAUCCGCAAUAUUAUGCAGGGUCUCCCUCCUCUUCUCAGCACGAUCCACGACCAGACUGGCAUUAAACCACCGCAAUGGUUCGCUCAGAUGCCAGAAAAUAACCAUGAUGGUGGCACUACCAAGACGCUCGCUAACAAGUAG